UAUUUUUAUGCAAUAGUUUCCAACCUAAGUUGAAUUUUAAGAAGACUUCGAUUUUAAAAAUUCAUCAUUGUUAGGUCAAGGAACUUUUGGAAAGGUGUACAGGGCAAAAGCUUUAAAAUCUCUUCCUCCUGGAAAUUACGCAUUAAAAAUAAUUGAAACAACUAGGUAUAAAAAUAUAUUGAGUUAAGCGAAUAGGCAUAUGAGCUUGCAAUUCAAGAAUUGAACUUAUAUCAAGUGAUCACUUAUCAUUAAAAUGUUAUUAAAGUUUACAAGGUUUACUCAUGGAUGGAGGAAAAGAAAUAUGUUUUAGUCUUUGCUAUGGAAUUAGCGCAUAACAGCUUAAAAGCAGAUAUAGAAGAAAGAAGAAAGGCAUCAUAAGAAUUUGGGGGUAAUGAUAAAAAAGUAAUUUGAUUAGAUGUAAUGCUAAUAGACAUCAUGAACUAGUGUUUGAAAGCAUUCUAUUAUCUAGCAAAAAACAAACAUUUGUUUCACAGAGAUAUUAAACCAGAAAAUAUAUUAGUAACUAAUAGAAACCCAUACACAGUUAAAUUGGCUGAUUUUGGAGCAGGUAAAGAGAACUUUAAUGGUUAAACAAUGCUAAACACUUUGGUAGGAACCCCAUUAUUUCUCUCUCCUAAAUUAUAUGUUGCCUACUCAACUAAUCAGCCAGGGAAAGUAAAGUAAAUUAUCAACCUAAAUUUAGACAUGAUUUAGAGAAGAGUGAUGUAUUCUCAUUAGGAAUUACAUUUCUUUAAAUGAUUUUACUUCUAAGUGACAAAGAUCUAUAAAAAUUGAAUGAUCCAAUCAUAUACGAAGAGAAAACUGGGAAUGCUAUAGAUAUUAGUGAUGAUGUGUUGAAGAAAAAAGACUGUUAAGGUUGGAAAAAGUUACAAUUUCAUAUCAGCAACAUAAAAAAUCCUUAAAUAAAGGCUUGUAUCUAAGGUAUGACAGAGUUCAGUGAAAGAAACAGAUUUACAUGGCUUAAAGCUUUAAAAGCAUUGAAUCCAGAAUAUGAGGAUGAGUAAAUAAUUAAUUUAUUCUAGUGAAAAGGAUUAAUCUGUUUAUCCAGCCUAAAUCCGAGAUGAAUAAAUUAAAGCAAUACAAUUUUAUUCUAGUUAAACCAUAACUUUAAGGUAUUUAGGAUCUGUUAAUGAUUUAUCAAAUCACAAAAAGAUCAUUCCUGCAGAUAGUUAAAUUUUGGCUUAUUCUAAUGAAGGAGUAAGAUUAAUAUCCUUACAGGGAGUAUCAGAAUGCAUAUUUACUUAAAGUAUUAUGUAAUCAUAAGGUAGAUGUCUCUUUUUUAUCUUUUAUACCACCAUUAAGUAUUUGUGUUGGGAUCACAUAAUCUGGCGAUAUUUUUGGAGUAAAUGUGAAGAGUAAAACAUUCUAUUGUGAAAAAAUUAAGAAUUUUCAACACGAUAAGAUCACUGUAAAUUUAUAUAGGAUUUCUUUAGGUGAUGAAAUAUAUGCGAAAAGAUUUAUGUAUAUUGGGAUCUUAAAGUGGAGAAAUUAUGAUUUUAGCAUUUGAUACUUAACCACCUUGUGUGAUAAAAAAGUACAAAGAUGUGGAUAGAUCUGUAGUGGAUAUGAUAUAUGAUGAUGAAAAUAAAUAGAUUAUUUCAUCUCAUGAGAACUUUAUGAUCUAUGGAAAAUAAUUGGUUUAUGAAUAAUCGUAAUAUUCUAACCUAAUUUAGUGCUAAAUAUCAAUAUGAUUCUUAGAUAGAUAAUUUAUAAUUAAUAUCAUCAGAACGUUUUGCAGGAUUAAGUAAGAACCUCUCUUAAAUACCUAUUUUUCACAUUAAGGAUGGUAUUUUUAAUUGCUAAUUUUAGGAAAUAUGAGUAUACUGCAUAAAUACUAAAUCAACGGAAACAAUAUACCGUUGGCAUUAACUUUAUCUGAUAGUUAUCUAGUUUGGGUUUGUGAAAAAUACAUUGGAUCAAUAUAAAUAAGUGCUAAAUUGGGUUAAUAGAAAGAAGAUAACAAUGAUUAACUCAUGGUUAAUGCUUCCAAGCCUGCAAAACUGAUGUGCUUUUUAUAAAUUGACAAGACUAUCAUCGCAAGUGAUGGAUUAAAACUACAUAAAUACUAAGUCGGAAAGAAGCAACAAGACAAGACUGUCUGUCAAAGCUGCUAAAUUUUUUGAAUAUAUUUUUUUAAAUGAAAUGAC